UCAGGAUGGUGCCCCCCCCUCCCAUCAACCAGCCCCAUGUCUGCCUGUCCACCCUGCUGAUCAUGAGCAGUAUGGCCCUGAUCGAUGCCUAUCUGGUGGAACAGAACCACGGGCCCAGGAAGAUAGGUAUCUGUAUCAUGGUGAUGGUAGGGGACCUGUGCUUCCUCAUCGUGUUGCGGUACGUGGCGGUUUGGGUCGGGGCCGAGGUGCGGACCGCCAAGCGAGGCUACGCCAUGAUACUCUGGUUCCUCUAUAUCUUUGUUCUGGAGAUCAAGGUGUACUUUGUGUACCAGAACUACAAGGCUGACAGGAAGUCUCUGGAUGCUCUGGCCCGUAAGGCCCUGACCCUACUCCUCUCAGUCUGUGUCCCGGUGCUGUUUGUAGGUCUAGUGGCCAUAGACCAUAUGGAGUACGUACAGCCGUUCAAGAAGAAAGAAGAGCUCCGUAACAGGUUGUUCUGGGUGGUGGUGGACCUGCUAGAUAUCCUGGAUAUUCAGGCUAAUCUCUGGGAACCCCUGAAGAAAGGUCUCCCUCUGUGGGCUGAAGGACUGAUGUUCUUCUAUUGUUACAUCCUGUUGCUAGUCCUCCCAUGUGUCUCUCUUAGUGAGAUCUCCAUGCAGGGCAUCAAUAUAGUCCCACACAAGAUGAUGCUGUAUCCUAUCCUCAGCCUGGUCACCAUUAAUAUUUUAACCUUAUUGAUCAGAGGCUGUAACAUGCUGCUGUAUAAGGAUGCCCGGGUCAGUGGGAUCCUGAUAGGGAAGAAUGUGUUAGCUAUCAUACUAAAGACCUGUAGCUUCCUCCAGUACAGGAGGCAGUUACAGAACACUCCUCCUGCGUUCGGGUUGGAACGACAGAGGAACUCUGUACCGCAUCACCAUGGUAACCAGGGUCUUGGACACCCUGUUUCUAUAGUGAUGACUGCUCACCCGCAGGUGGUCCUCCUGGACCAGAUAGCCCUGCCCCUCCCUCUGCCAGAGGUCACAACUACAUGUCAACAUACAUGACUGAGACCAGGAUCAUACCAUGUAUGUAUGACCCUCAGGGUAUUAUACACGGGACACACAGGAACAUCUGACUCUGACCAAAAUCUACAUGGAUGUACCAAUAUCAUGUAUGACCAUCAGGACUCUACAGGGCAAUGGUCAACAUCACGUGAAAAACCUUGUAUGGAUAUUAUCACUGUUCAGUGGGACACUUUACACUUCUAAUAGAACAUAAAGCAGUGUAUAGAUAUUGUCACUGAUCGAAGGUACACGGGAUCCUUAUGGAGUAUAGAGCAGAGACAUGGAGAAUGUUUAUGAAGAACCUUGAUACAAAGAAGAUUAUAAUACCAAUCUGAAUGUAUAUUAUCAUUGGAACACAUUGGACACUCUCCUUGAGGAUAAUAUGGUGACAUGGACAACACCUUCUGGUGUAAAGAACAGUAUCUCUAGACUGUUAAAGACAACACCUUCUGGUGUAAAGAACAGUAUCUCUAGACACUGUUACAACACCUUCUGGUGUAAAGAACAGUAUUUAAAGACAACACCUUCUGGUGUAAAGAACAGGAUCUCUAAACUCUGUUAAAGACAACACCUUCUGGUGUAAAGAACAGGAUCUCUAAACUCUGUUAAAGACAACACCUUCUGGUGUAAAGAACAAAUCAAAUCAAAUCAAAUCAAAUUUAUUUUUAUA